AUGAUUGACAAGAGCAAACGGAUGCACAGGAGAGCCAUUCAGAAGAGCCGGGGGUCAAAGGUGAGAAGAGCAGAGGGCACCAUGGAGAGUGAGCCGGGGGCCCCUGCCUCCACGGCUAGCAACACCGGGACCGCUACUUCCUCCAUCACCAGUUCCUCCACCACCACAGCUGCCAGCAGCAGUAGUAAUACCUCCAACACUACUGCUACUACUUCUACCACUUCCGCCAGUAGUAGUAUUAAUAAUAGCAACAGUAUUAGUAACACUACCAGUAGUUCCAGUAGUAGUAUGACAACAGGAAGACAGACAGUGCCUCAGAUAUCUGUGUACAGUGGGAUACCUGACCGACAAACAGUGCAGGUGUUUCAACAGGCGCCACACAGACAGCCCAGCACAGCAGCACAGUACCUGCAGCAGAUGUACGCUGCCCAGCAGCAGCAUCUGAGGCUGCAAACUGCUGCCCUCCAGCAACAGCACAGCCUCAGCACCGCUCAGCUCCAGAGCCUGGCCGCUUUACAGCAAGCCAGCAUUGCAGCUGGACGGCAAAGCUCUUUACAGAACGGCACUUCAUCUCAGCAAACAGGAUCUACUCAGGCUACGAUCAACCUGACCACGUCCCCGGCGGCAGCUCAGCUGAUCAGCCGGGCCCAGAGCAUUAGUUCCACCCCCACCAGUAUUUCCCAGCAGGCUGUUCUGCUGGGCAGCUCCUCCGGCCCCACACUCACGGCCAGCCAGGCACAGAUGUACCUGCGAGCCCAGAUGGCCCAGCAGAAUAACCUGGUGCAGGUGGCCAGGAGCCUCAGCCGGGCCGUCCCUCUGUCCUCUCAGCUGAUCUUCACCCCAACAGGCACCGUGACGGCUGUCCAGUCAGACGGCUCCUCACAGGCUUCCUCACAGAAUCAGGUCCAGAACCUCGCCAUCCGUGGCCAGCAGGGGGCGGCCACGUCUUCCUCUCAGACUCAGACCAUGCAGGCUCUCAGUCUGAAGCAGAGCCCUGUGCCCAUCCAGCCCACCCCGCUCAUCAAGAAUCCUAACCAGGGCAUGCAGGUCGCUGCAGGAGGGAGGACCAGCUCCUUAGACAGCUCCUCUGAGGGAGGGAAGAAGGGCGAGAGCGCAGCAGUCACAGAAGUCCGAGCCAUUAACAUGAGCCGCAGUGUUACGGCUGUUAGUGCUCAGCCUCUCAUUGCCCCAGCGUACACCCAGAUUCAGCCGCAGUCCCUGGUUCAGCAGCACAAGCAGCAGCAGCAGCAGCAGUUUGUCGUCCAUCAGAGUCCAGGUUCCCAGAAGACGACGGGUCAGCUGCUGCAGACGGCCUCCAUUCAGCCGUCGCAGCACCCGGUCCCUGUGCUGCCCAAACCUGCUCCACACCAGCCCUCCAUGCCCAGCCAGCAGGCGACCAUCUUCCACUCCACCAUCAGCCCCCACACCCUCCACUCCUCCCUCAGCCACGCCAAAGCUCAGCCCGUCCAGCUCACUGCCAUCAACCUUCAAAUACAGCCAACAGCUUCUCGGCUGCUUCAGGACAGUAAAGACAAGCCCACCUCACUGGUGGUCAGAGAGACGUGUCCGACCCCCUCCGCACAACAACCGCAGCACCAACCGCAGCACCAACAGCACCAACCGCAGCACCAACCGCAACUACAGCACCAACCGCACCAACCGCAACUACAGCACCAACCGCACCUACAGCAGCAACAACCACAACAACAACUGCAGCAGCAACAGCAGCAACAACAGCAACAACUGCAACAACAACUGCUGCAACAACAACUGCAGCAGCAACAACAACAACAACAACAACAACAACAGCAGCAACCUGCACCUUUACCAUCACAACCUGCCAAGCCUGUAGAGCAGCCCAAGGUCGAUACCGUUACACCAGCUGUUCAGCAACAAGGAGGGGGCUCGACCAAGAAGCCGUCCGCUGCACCUGCGACUCCACCUCCAGCCAUGACCUCAGGAAAUGAGAGCGAGGCGCCCUGCGUGACGGGCAGCGCGCCGCACAACGGGGAGAACAAACCGCCCCAGGCCAUCGUCAAGCCCCAGGUCCUCACACAUGUCAUCGAAGGCUUCGUCAUCCAAGAAGGCGCCGAGCCGUUCCCAGUCUUGGUGGAGCGUCUGCCCAUUCUCAUCGACAGCCCAAAGAAGCUGGAUCAUCAGCUCUCCUCCGACCCCGACAAAACUCCAGUCAGCAACGCAGCGAACACCGACUCCGAGCCGGAGGACAUGAACCAGCCAGACAAAGAACCAGAGCCGAAGCUGACGUGUGAAUACUGCGGCUGGGUCGACUUUGCCUACACCUUCAAGGCCUCGAAAAGAUUCUGCUCCAUGGUUUGUGCAAAGAGGUACAAUGUGGGCUGCACGAAGCGGAUAGGCCUUUUCCGUCCAGAGAGGAGUAAACCAACCAACCGCUGGCGACGGAGAUCUCAGGGUCGUUCCAGUGUAGAGGCCAAGAAGCAGAAGCUGUCCCCGUCGCCGCAGCAGACACAGGGCGGCUCUGUGUCCUCGCCUCAUCCCUCGCAACCCAGUCAGGAGGAGUCCAGCCCGUGCUCGGACAUGUCCAGCUACGAGGAGCCAGCGUCUCCCCUGUCGGCAGCCAGCUCGGGACCCCUGGCUCCGACCCCGGCCCCGGCUCAGGUCCCCGUUCGCCGGCAGCAGAGCAGGGCCUCGGACCAGGAGGGCGGCGCUGGGAGAGAUGCACCCUCACUCUGUCAGCGGUUCUUGCCCAACGACCCCACCAGGUGGAAUGUGGAGGAAGUUUAUGAGUUCAUUUGUUCACUGCCAGGUUGUCAGGAGAUCGCGGACGAGUUUCGGUCUCAGGAGAUCGAUGGACAGGCCCUGCUCCUGUUAAAGGAAGACCACCUCAUGAGCACCAUGAACAUUAAACUGGGGCCUGCACUCAAGAUCUUUGCACGCAUCAACAUGCUUAAAGACUCGUAGCAGUAAAGUGUGUGUAUUGAUCUCAGUGCAUCUUCUGUGUGUGUGUGUGUGUGUGUGUGUGUGUGUGUGUGAGGGAGUGUGUGUGUGUGUACCUUGGCACAGGGCAGAGGAUGUGUCACUGUAGCACUGACGGCACAGAGCACUGACUGCACUGUGACCUUGCCUUCUCUCCACGACUGGAUUUGUGCUCUUGAUUCAGAAUCUCACUCUAACUGGACCCGACUCCACAAACUGCUCAUGUUUAACAACCAUGUGACCGUUGAAACUGGAACCGAUGGUGUUUUCACCACGAGCACUUCAACACCACAUCUAUUUACGAUGCAUUAAUAUCUCGGACCAAAACUAACCCUUCCUCGGGCACGUCUCCCCCCUCCCUCUGUGUUCUCAGCAAGAUGUCGCCUGCAUUUAAACACACUACCGGAAGCACAACAAAGAAACAGCCAAAAAAACACAGUUUAGCUGCAGCCACGGUGACAGUUGUGCCAAAUUAUACAGGGUGGAUUCUUAUAUACAUGAGUAUAUGAAUAUACUUGAUGUGGCUGAUAUCUGAUCCAGAUACAGCUCAAGGCAGGGUUGGAAAAUGGUUUCUGAAACACCUUUUAUCUUAUUUGUUGACAUUCUCUUCAUGUCCUGAUAUCCAUCAACAAACGAAGUUCUCUUCAACAAAAAAUAAAUGACGUCACCCCUCACAGAAUUAUAAAAAACACAACCAAUAAUUCAUUCAAUGCCGAAUGAAAUGAUCGGCUGCUGUACCUGUUUGCACUGCAUGGCCCCGAGUCAAGUUGGCUAGUGAGUCUCAGAAAAGUCGACUUGUAGCAGCUGUCAGACAGUUUGCUUUGAUGAGAGGUGGCUGAUGGGAGGAGGUGGGAUGUAUCAGUUCCACAUUUUCAAAGUGCCGCCUGCUCUUGUUAGUUUUUCCAGACGUACCAACCCUAGCUUUAAUGCAAGUGCAAAUGAUGCUGAACACUUCCAACAGACUUCAGGUGGUGCGGCUCACACUGGGAUCAGAUUUCAGCCUGGUAUAUAAAUGCCACCAGGAGAUGAGGCUCGACAUAGAACAAAGAACAUUGAGGUUUAUGGUCAGCACCCGAAACCCAGAGGGGCCGGGGGGGCCAGGUUGUUUGGGAGGAAAAAGCCAGUUGAUGGAUCACCCAACUAAACCUCUUCCUGUUAUCUCAAGCUGCCCAUUACAAAGCUUCAGAUGACUCGUUCUGCUUUCACGUGCCUUGCUGUGCAUUAGCGUUCUAAGAUCCGAUCCCAAUGCAGGCGGAAUUAAGAUAAGAGAAGCACUUACUGAUACCAGGAGUGGACGAAGGCAGCGGCUAACAGGUCUUUAUCAAAUGUCUUUAACCUGAUAACACGUCUGAACACAGAUCACAUGAUAAAAGCAGGUGUAAAUAGGGCAGUUAAACCCAGUGGAGACAAUAAGCCUGGAAGAACAAGAGGUGAUGAAGUGUACGACAAACGGUUCAGUUGUGUGUGGGUUGGGUCACACUGCAACAGUCAUUGAUGAAUUGCGGCAUUAAGACGCAGGAGUGAAAUCUGGAUUUAUCGUGAUGUUAUUAGACAUGUUAUUCGUACAGUUUUGUAAGAGUGCGAAUGAGGGAGAAGACUCUGGGCCUGAUCUACUAAAGGUUUGCGCGUGUAAAAACGUGUUGAUUUCACCCGCAAAAAAACAUCCAAGCUGAUCUACUAACGCACUGAGGAUUGCGUGCAGAAUAACAGGCGCUGUCCAUUUAGUCCGCACAGAUGGCUCUGCAGUUAUUGUGGUGAGGAGGAGACGGCAGGAAGAAGACGGAGAGAACAGGUUUUUUUCUGCUCGUGUUAGCAUGUUUGGAUUGACAGAAGCAAAAUAAAUCCCUCUCUUGCCAGGGCACUGAUGGGCAUCAACAGAUGUGCGCUACAAUGGCCCGAGUGUCGCGCCUGAGCGCUCGUGCCAUAUUGGUCAGAGGCAUCUCUUCCACUGCCCCCUUCUGAUGUCCUGCCAUCUUCUCUUAAUUUCAUUGGUGGCUCUUUUUGUUUUACCCACAGCAUUUACUUUCUCGCAGAUACUCUCCCAUGUCAUUUCUUUGAGUUAUAUUAAUAUUUCUUUGCUGUAGCUCAUUUAAAUACUACUGCCUCUACCAUGUUUGCACCUGUUAUCAUUUGCGCAAUUAUCUUUAGUAGAUCACCAGCAAAACGCCCACAAACCAAACGUGCAAUCUGUUACAAUGCACACGCGACUUGGCACUCUUUAUUUGGAUCUUAGUAGGUCAGGCCCGCUGUUUGUUAGUUUGCUCAUUCUGAUUCAGUAGGUGCCCCUUUGCCUCUUUCUCAGCAGCACUCCCACUGUUCUGGAAUAUAAAGCUUGAUGCAGAGAAUCGAUUCAAGCAGCUUCUUUUGUGACGAUCGAUUUUUCUCUCAUGAGGAAUUUGCAAGUUUUCUCCCGUAGAAUUCAAAGUGCUUACAAAUGUUUGUCAUAGGACACUAAGUUAUCUAAAAAAACUAAUCGUUGUGCUGCGUCCUGCACAUCCCUGCUUUUGGCACUUAUUUUCUUUUUCAUUUGCUUUACAGUUAUGAGUCGCAUCUGUGAUUCAAACGAGUUUAUUUGUACAUAGCAGCUCAAGUGAGGAAAGAGACUGUAACUUAGUGUGAAACUGACAUUUUUUUCUAAGUUAUCCUUGUUAUUUUAAAACAGAAAUCUAUUGGUGUUUUAAUAUUUUGAAAUAUGCAAAUAUAUAAAUAUGGCCCCGGAGUUGUUUUUUAAUGCUUUUAUUUUCUUUUUCUAAUGAGAAUAUGAUCAUAUCUAUUUGUGUUCUGUGGCUGUGAUGGAAGGUCAACUUUUUUAGAUAAUGCUUUGUUUAAUGCCCGUAUUUAUCAAGAUGGUUUGUUACACAACAUUUUGCAAUUAUAAAUCAUUUGCAGUACA